UUGUGCAAAAUUAACUUGUUCUACAAAUUUCACUUGCUUUCAAAGCGAUCUGACUUGUGGCGUGAAAUCCAAUCGAGAACCAAUACUUUCAUAUCCUUACCUUACGGUAGUCCACCUGUUCAUUGGCACAAUUUUUUGUAUUUUCUUAGAAGUGACGGUAGUGUCCUAGCCCUUGAUACAAAGAAUGAAGAGGCUUUACUCAUCGACCGUUCGGACUUUAUUGAUCUUUAUGAUAUUAGCUAUGGGAAAACUUUCACUAGUAGGGAAAUGAAUGGUAAUGAUAUAUGGCUAGGGAGGGCGCAAGGUUUACUUACCUUUGUAUGCAUUUUAAGAAAACACAUAGUAAAUGGGAUUUUUGACAGAGCAAGCAGCCGUUGGGGGGUUUUCCACACUUUGGAAAAGUUUGUUUUAAGUCCGGAUGAUGAUAUUAUCGUCUUUCUAGUUUGGAUUGACAACAAAAAAGUGUCUUUUCUGGUACAACGUCCCCCAACACAGUAUCAUGAUCUAUACGAGUAUGAUACCAACAUCAAUGGGUACAAAAAUGUUGCAGUCAUGGACAAAGUUGAUUAUCCCAUGUAUUGCUUCCAUCAAACAUUAGCUUGUUUCCAUAUGACGCCCUCCAAUAUUGUAACCAUUGCUCAGCAGUUGUCUAUUGCAGAAAGGUUGGAUGACCUCAGAAGAUUUAUUCUCCAAGAUACAUCAGAAGAAGAAGUUGGAGGAGGAGGAGGAGGAAGAGAAGAAGAAGAAGAAGAAGAAGAAGAAGAAGAAACAUUGUAAUAGACUUGGCUUUCUGCCCUUCACUAUCUUCAAUCAUGAUUAGUUUCU